AUGCCUCCACGAAUACCCCCCGUGUUACAUAACCUUACCUCAAAUUUAUGCAAUCUCUCAGCUCCAAGAGCUUGUUACCCUAUUCCUAGCAUUCAAGUCGCUACAAAAACAACCAUAGCUUCAAGAAGAAAACAUCGUGAUCCAUAUACAUUAGCUCAGAUCAAGCAAAGGAAAAAUGCCAAUAUUUCUCGCCAAAAAGUACUUCAGGAGCAGAGGAAAGUCUCCAUGGGGGAUCCAGUACGUGGGAUGAGCACGCCUUUUCUCGAAUCACUUGACACCGUCGAGGGCUGUGCUACUGGUCAACUUAAUAGCAAAGCCCCAUAUUUCAACCAUUUCCUCACUCGGGAAGAGAUUGAGGUUGCAUAUAAAAAUUCCUACGAUUUAUCACUUCCCGACAAACCAGAUACACAAGAAAGUAUUGAUCCAGAAAUAGAGCGUGAAAGAUUAGAAUCACAUAAGGCUCGACACGGCAAGGCUAUUCAGGCCAUAGAAAGGAUUAUUAGCCUGUCUAAUGCUAGCUCGAAAGACAAGACAAGAACCAACAUUAUACGUUGCAUAGAGAAGUUUGGAAGGCAUAAAACUGAUCAACAUCUUAAGCCUCGUCCAGCUAUUAACCCAUUAGUACUUGGAAAUGCUACUCUUCCUACAAAGACUCCAAGAGCGGGUCCGGACACAGGUAGCUCUGAAGUUCAAAUUGCUAUUUUAACCGCAAAGAUUCGAGUUCUAGCCAACAAACUUGAAGAGCCAGGUGGGAAGAGGGAUAAGAUUAACAAGCGGAACUUACGAGUCAUGGUUCAUAAAAGACAAAAGCUGCUCAGAUAUCUACGCAAAAAGGAGCGCGGGGGAGAGAGAUGGCAGCACCUAGUAAAGACACUCGGACUGACUGAUGGGACAUGGAUGGGUGAGAUAAGCUUGUAG